AUGUAUUCCUCAAGCAAUCGUGCGCAGGGCGUAUUCGGCUUCUUCACUACAGUAGCAGCUUUCGUCGCCGGAUUUGCGGCUUUAUCUGUCUUUUUGCAUCCUGCGACAGAUGUGACGUCGAGCGUGGAACUGAAGAGUGUUCAAGUUGUCAAAGGGAGACCGCACUACUACUCCUCCAAACGAGAGGAAUAUGCCCGAAUUGAAUUCGACCUUGAUGCAGAUUUCUCGCCGUUGUUCAACUGGAACACUAAACAACUCUUCGUCUACGUCCUAGCCUCAUACCCUGCGUCUUCACCCGCAAGCGAAAACCCUCACAAUUCCGAAGCUAUCAUCUGGGACAUGAUCAUCCCGGCACCCGAAUCACCAUACUCCUUCUCCAACUUGAAAGAGCGCUUCCUCUCAUCAUCCACAAAAUCAACCGGCAAGGCCAAGAAGACGAACAAGAAUAAGAAAAAGUCGCAGAAGUCGACAAAGCCCGAGCAAAAAGGUGUCCUGCACCUCCGCAAUCAGAAAUCAAAAUAUCAAAUCACAGAUAUCUCAGGCAAGAUCGCGGAGCGUGAGAAUGUCACGCUCACAGUGGGAUGGAAUGUGCAGCCCUGGGUAGGAGCGUUGUUGUGGAGUGAGGGAACAGGUGCAUGGCCGCGAACGGAGGGACAGGUUGGAAGGGGUAAAUCAUUUGAUUUUCCAGCUGUGAAGACGAAGUCGAGUUCGAGUACGACGUCGCAGGCUACGGACGUUUAG